AUGUCAGACACGAAUUUCACAACUUUGACUCUCUCCACCUCUCCCCUCCUCAUCUACCUAUCAUCCUUCAUCAGUCAAGACGAAGCAGCCCGCCUCUUGUCUCUCUGUGAGCACUCCUACAUAACCUCACCUCUCAUAUCCACCCCCUCCUCUGACACGCCACGACCACCUGAAGACUACCGAACCUCAGCAUCCUGUACCCUCCCCAACGACGACCCCACCAUUCUCGCGCUCACUCUAAGAGUCUACAACUUCCUCCAAGCACUGAAUAUAGAAGCCGACGGCAUCGAGCCGUUCCAAGCCGUGCGCUACCUUCCCUCACAACACUAUGACCUCCACUACGACUGGUUCGAAACACCUGUCCGCAAUUCCGACGAUCGAGAGUACAAUCGCCUUGCAAGUUUCUUCCUGUACUUGGAAGCGGAUUGCUCUUCUUCCGGAGGUACAAAUUUCCCGCGCAUAUCAGUCCCAGGAGGUGUGUUGGACAAGGAAGAGAGAGGUAAGGGGAGGUAUGGGAGGACCGAGAAAGGCGACGGUAUUGUCUUCAGGCCUAUUGUUGGGAAUGGUAUGUUCUGGGUAAAUCUCAGAGCUGAUGGAAAGGGAGAUGAAAAGGUUUUGCACGCGGGUUUGGUGGUUGAGGAAGGAAGUAAGACUGGAUUAAAUAUUUGGAUGAUAAAGUUGAAGGACGUCUCUUGA